AGAGCAAAAACGAAAGCUAAGAAAAAAAUAAAAAUAAAUAACAAAAUUAAACGUAGAUUGUGAAACCAAACCACAAAUGCGAACAGUUAUCAACUGCAAUUCAACUCGAGAAGAUCAACUGAUCAAACUAAAGCGUAGAAAGUGGAAAUGAAAAUGGAAGAAUUAUUUGAUGACGACGGCUACAGCGACAAGCUGAUAUUGGUGCAACAGAAUUUGCGUACGAUGCCCACACAAAUUGUGCAACGCUAUGCAGAUAGCGCUGAGCAUUUGGAUUUGAGUCACAACUGCCUCAAGGAUCUGUCCUGGCUGGCGGAGUUCGAGCAGCUGCGCUAUCUAGUGUUGGACAGCAACCGUUUGCACGAGUCACAGUUGCGCACAGUGAAAACGCCGCUGCCUCAGCUGGAGGUGCUCAUGUUGAACAAAAAUGAGUUCAGGGAUCUGAGAACAACGAUAAUGCUUAUCAGACGGCACUUUCCCAAUCUACAAUAUCUAAGCCUGCACGGAAAUCCCAUUUGCCCGGAUGGCCUCAAUUUGCAACCCUUUUCCAGUUACUUACAAUACGACUACAAAUAUUACAGUAAUCUAAUUGCGCAAUCGUUUAGCAAACUGAAAUUUCUGGAUCAUGGUCUGGUGCAGCGAACCUACGACUAUGAGAGUUUUCCAACCGCAAAUUAUGACAGGACCGACAAUACGCUAGUAAAAACAACAAGACUAUGAAAAUAUUCCAACUUGUUACUGCUUUCUAACUUUGUUCAAAUCUCAUUGGAAUUGUAUGACAGCCCUCUUUUAAGAAAGCUCAGAAUGCUCUUAGCGAAGACACGCACCCAUUAUAUUGAGAAAAGCACACGUCUUAUACGUAAAUAAAUACGCGAAACUGCGCACAAAACAGAUGAAAUAGUACAAAUAAAAAACAAUUGUAUGCCACUUAGAAGACACCUCGCAUUGCCUUACUUAUAUAAGGAAUUAAACCAACUGUUGAAAUUGUCAAUUUAACAGAUAACAUAUGACAUUUGAA